UACACUAACCACCGAUACUAUACGACUCCUAUUCUUAUUCACCAAAACAGCUACAAUCAACAGAAGAUUUGUGUUGACGCAUUUACUGAUCAAGGAGGGCUCAAGUAUUUGGCUUUAAUUAAGAAAAUAGAAACAUUGUGUCACUUGAAACUAACUGUGUCAAAGAGAUGGUUGUUGCCUAAUUAACGGUCAUUCUAGCCCUGAGCUUAGUGUUACACUGGAGAGGAACCAGCUGCAGCUGCCCAGGUGCUGCCCUCCUGCCUCUCUGCUUUCUCUCUCUGAGAGACUAACACGAGGGGAUUGUCUUAGGUCCAGGGUGAAUAGAACAAUGGAUGGAACAUUAUAGAUCCUGAGGAAUACUAAUGUUAAGAUUUCUGUAAUGGUUUGUUGAUCUAUUUUAUCCCAUGGGGAGAGAGACCUGCAUUAGAGAAACCUGAAACCUGGAGCAGAGAACAGAGGAUCUAUAGGCUAAUAUCGUACACCAUGUGUUUUUAGUUUUAUGUGUGAUAUUUGAGUUUGUAAAAAGCUAUAAAGGAUGGCCGAGAAAAAAGAGAACGCCUCCAAGUUUCAGAUGUUGAAACUCCUGGAGAAAUGCAGGAAGGAGAGAGACGAUGUGGCGCACAGGGAGAGUAUUAUGAAGGAGAAGCUCAGACAGUACGAGUCCAGGAUGAGGUCAACGGAGGUGCUGAAACAGAAAUUCAAGACCGUGACUUUGGAGAACAAGGAGCUGCGCAAGCAUGUCAAGACUCUCCGUCAAGAGAUAGGCCUGGAGGCUAGCCCCAAGUUCAACGGCAAGACCACCAAGGACAUCAUCUCUGACCUGCACGAGAAGGAGCGUCAGUGCAGUUCGCUGGUGGAGAAAACAGGUAGACUCAGUUUGACCAUUGAUGAUCUGACAUCAGAGCUGGCAAAUGCCGUCACGUCUAAAACUCUUCUGGAAUAUCAGGUGCAGUCAUUGCAGCAGAACCUGAAGGACAUGACGAAUAAUCAACGCCGUUUGUUGAAACUCUGGGAGGAUAAGAAGUCUCAAAGAGAGCAGCUCACUCUCCCUGCGAUAGGCAUACCCCAGAGACCCGGACAGAAACCUGUGUCUCACAAGGGAGUACAAACAGAGAUGUCCAUCAACUCAGCCCAGAAACUCCCACCCAACGCGUUUGAGACCAAACCUUCUCCUUCAACACGAUCACGACACCACGAGAGAAGGUCUUCUAUCGAUAAACAAGGGGGUUUAACAACAUUAGGAAAUGGUCAUCAGUUGGGGAAUGGGAAUCACCAAUUGGGGAACGGCGACCAUAAUUCAAUGGGAAAUGGCAAACAUCAUCGUGAAAAGGCGGCUUUAUUUCACGAUGUAACCAAUGGACACAUACUGUAAAGACGGAAUAAUAUAUUGAUAAGUAUAUAGAAAGUAUAAAUUGAAUAUAUAAAAGGCUCAUGUGGAAAAAUUAGGGUGAAUAUAAUUUUGGGGUGUUUAAAAGAAAAACAGGAGAGGAGCCUGAUACUGCUUUUGAUUGGAUAAUACACUCGUGUGGUUGUUUGGUUGUUCUCUGUUGCCAUCUAGUGCAAAAAAAAGCCUGCAAUUGAUUCAGUGUGUUUUUAUUUAAAAUACAGUGCAUUCU